CUGUCCGUUGACCCAGAGUUGGUUUCCGUUGGCGGUGUGAUGUUGGAAGGGUUGUGAAUCUGGUGCUGAAUUUUGCUACACAGUGGAGUGACACACUUUUCAUACGGUCUAUGGUGACAAACCACGACUGUACUUUUUGAAAAUCAUCUUUAUUUAAACAUAGGAGUGACUGAGAGCUGCUCGAUGUGAGUCUAGCAGCCGUCGACCAUGAGUAACAGCCACCCUCUGCGUCCACUGGCCUCGGUGUCGGAGAUCGACCACAUCCACUUGUUGUCGGAGCAGCUGGGAGCCCUGGUGCUCGGCGAGGAGUACAGCGAUGUUACCUUCGUCGUGGAGGGGAAGCGGUUCCCGGCGCACCGCGUCAUCCUGGCAGCUCGCUGUCACUACUUCAGGGCCCUGCUGUAUGGUGGGAUGAAAGAGUCCCAGCCCCAGGCUGAAGUGAGUUUAGAGGAGACGCGGGCUGAAGCCUUUUCGAUGCUGCUACACUACCUGUACACGGGCCGGGCCAGCCUCAGCUCUGCCCGGGAAGAGGUGCUGCUGGACUUCUUGGGCCUGGCUCACCGCUACGGCCUCCAGCCACUGGAGGACUCCACCUCAGAGUUCCUUCGGACCAUCCUGCACACCAACAACGUCUGUCUGGUUUUUGACGUUGCCAGUCUGUACUCUCUGAGCGCGCUCAGUGCGGCAUGCUGUGCUUAUAUGGACAGACACGCACCUGAAGUGUUGAAUUCUGAUGGCUUUCUCUUGCUCUCCAAGACUGCUCUGCUGACUGUGGUAAGGCGGGACUCGUUUGCUGCCAGUGAGAAGGAGAUCUUCCAGGCCCUGAGCCGUUGGUGCCGGCAGCAUGAGGAGGGAGUCGACACCCAGGAAGUGAUGUCAGCAGUGCGGCUUCCGCUCAUGACUCUGACGGAGAUGCUGAAUGUGGUGCGACCGUCCGGCCUGCUGAGCCCAGAUGACCUGCUGGAUGCCAUCAAGACCCGCUCUGAGAGCCGCAACAUGGACCUUAACUACCGUGGCAUGCUCAUCCCAGAGGAGAACAUUGCCACCAUGAAGUAUGGAGCUCAGGUGGUGAAAGGCGAGCUGAAGUCUGCGCUUCUGGACGGAGACACACAGAACUACGACCUGGACCACGGCUUCUCCAGACAUCCCAUCGAGGAUGACUGCCGGGCCGGGAUUCAGGUCAAACUGGGCCAGUCAUCCAUCAUCAACCACAUCCGCUUGCUGCUGUGGGACAGAGACAGUCGGUCUUAUUCCUACUACAUCGAGGUAUCUAUGGACGAGCUGGACUGGGUGCGUGUUGUGGACCAUUCAAAGUACCUCUGCCGCUCUUGGCAGGAACUCUUCUUCACGCCGCGAGUUUGCAGGUACAUUCGCAUUGUGGGAACACACAACACCGUCAACAAGGUCUUCCACCUCGUAGCUUUUGAAUGCAUGUUCACCAACCGCUCAUUUACCCUGGAAAAUGGCCUUUUGGUGCCCAGUGAGAACGUGGCAACCAUUGCAUCGUGUGCCAGUGUCAUUGAAGGUGUGAGCCGUAGCAGGAAUGCCUUGCUCAACGGCGACACACGCAACUACGACUGGGACUCUGGCUACACCUGCCAUCAGCUGGGCUCUGGGGCAAUCGUCAUCCAGCUGGCUCAGCCCUACUCCAUUGGAUCCUUGAGGCUGCUGCUGUGGGACUGUGAUGAGCGCUCCUACAGUUAUUACAUUGAAGUCUCCACCAACCAGCAGCAGUGGACCAAGGUGGUCGACCGCACCAGGGUACCAUGCCGAUCAUGGCAGACAUUGAAGUUUGAUAAGCAGCCCGCUUCCUUCAUCCGUAUUGUUGGGACUCACAACACUGCUAAUGAGGUUUUCCACUGUGUUCACUUCGAGUGUCCCGCCCAGCUGGACACCGACGUUAAGGAGGGCAGCCCGGGCCAGGACGCUCCUGAUUCUGAGUCCGCCUCCCUGCAGCCGCGACCCUAUCGAUCUUCACGCGUACACGGCCUGCUGCCCUCCCAGCCCUCACCCCCCUCGUCUUAUUCCUCACAGUCCCAUCAUUAAGGGCGCCAUCCUUGGAAGGUGUUGAGAGGAAGGGAGACCUCGGAAUGCCAUUUUGCACAGCCUCCAUCCUCCAGACUGCACUGCUGCAACGCUGCUAAAGGCGAUCGUGUCAUUGUCAUAACCCAUGGUCCUUCUGUCAUAAGUGCAACAUUAGAGACUGGUGUAUCAGUAGCAGCAGCGUUUAGAGCUCCGUCUUCCCAAUUCGGAUACAGGUUAGGUGUUGCAUCCACUGGCUCAUACACUUUUGUGAAGGUACUUUUUAGCUACUAAGACCCAAGUUUUUCCCUUCAAAGUGAAAUCUAUACUUCUCCAAAGAGAAGUGUGUGUGUGUGUGUCUGUGUGUCUGUGUCUGUGUGUGUGUGUGUCUGUGUGUGUGAGAGAGAGAGGGAGAGAGAGAUAUUUCCAAAAGAGAAGGAUUUUAUUCUUGAACCAACUAUUUUUUUAAGAAACUGUCUUAAAAUGACUCUACUCCCUUUUGUUACCAUCAAGCUAACAGAGUAGCAAUCGACUAUUUUUCCAAGUUUUGAAUUCUAUUCUUCAAAGGUUUGCCAAAGCUGUGGCGCUAAUGCAUUCUGUGGCAUUUAUAUGCAAUUUGCACUUAAUCCAGUUAUGCAUUUGCAUAUUAAUUAAUGGCUUUUGAGUAUUUGUUGACAGGCUUUCACACCCAAAACCAAAAUCUGUGGUCCUUAUCUGGUGUGACUUUUUGAUAGAUAAAAUCCAAGGCUCAAGACAAACCUUGCUAAAAUUAAACUUGAGUUAAAGUGUCUUCAUUUAGUAUUUAAAGCACUGGAAAAGCUUAGCACAAAGGAUUGGGAAAAUCAGUUAGGUUAUGUAAUUUGGAGCUGUGGGGCCCGGACUAAAUUAUGAAUGAGCUAGGGCUGCAAGGAAAAAAAAAAAAAAAGUUUAUAUACAGUACACACACAUGAGCAGCUGCUAAUGGCACUUUACUCACAUAGACAGAAAUAAAGGUCGCAGCUUGGGUCUUCUAACUGAGGAACAGUACUGGAAUGUGGGAUUUGGUAACUUUCUGUUUGUACGUGUAAUUAAUUUAAACACUUCUCACUCUUGGAUCUGUCAGGUUCAAGCUGUUUUUGUGUGUGUUUUGUUUUUGGAGGUUUUUAAUUUAAGCUAUCAGUGCUGUGGUUCAUGUUUGUUUGUGUCCUGAUGUUGCACUUUUGAGUUUGUCUUGAAAAACGUUUUUUUAAACAUUUUAUUUAAUGUAAAACAACCUGUAAUACCUUACUACCUUAGGUGACCCGCUGAUGUUGUAUAACCAUUUUUUUGUCAUCCCCAUCUACAUUUUAAGAGCACCCAUCGUUGUAUAGUUGGAUAAAGUCUUCCUUAAUAACUAAAGAGAACUGAAAUAGGGCUUUGUUCAGGUUAUAUUGAGAUAACACACUCCACCCCAUCUACCUUUAUGUAUGUGUAUAGUUUUACUUGAGAUAUAUAUAUUAUAUAUAUAUAUAUAGAGAGAGAGAGAGAGAGAGAUAUUAGUUUUGACUAUUAACAUGUGAUUGCAUUUCACUGCCUCUUGUCCAAUACAUUGCCUGUAAAAAAUGUGAUUAUGGAAACAACCAACAUUGUUUAUUAAUGUACAUCUUUGUGAGGUCACACCCGUCGGCUUGCCUGAAUCGCUGCUGUUAAACACAGUGGUGUUCUUUGGUACAAGCAAUACAGUGAUCUCUAUCUUCUGUUUAAUCGUUAAAGCUUCUGUUACAGACAACAGUGGUGAUUGAUCAGUCAACAUGUAUUCAUCAUGCUCUAGGCACUGAUGCCCCGGCAGCUCUUUAGAAAAACGUUGAUGUGUAAUGCUGCCUAAGGAGCUGUUUUACUGUCAUGAAAACAUUUAAUAAUAUCUAAUUUUGAAGCUCA